AUUCCUUCAGUUCCAUUUGGUCUUCAAAUCGGAGUGGGUAGUCUUGUCCCCAGUUCGGCGGUUUCGUUGUUUGUGUUUGACACUUUGGAGGGUUUUGGUGACUUGUCCCACGUCCUACCGGCAUUUGCGUUUUCAAUUCAGUGUCGAUCAAUACUCAGAGAACGAUUCCUCAGGUGCUAGUGCAAAACAUCCAGUUCGAAGCUAAUUACCGCGAAUUACAUCACAGAAUCGAAGAGUUGGAAAGUAUCUGAGGUGUGGUAACUGACCGAAAAAGAUGCAGUCAGUUCGGAGAGGGAUCGUUCCAGUGCUCUUCUCGAAAAUCGUCCAAGGAUUGAGCCAUGAAGUGGCGAAGAGACAGUUUGCUCUGUCAGCGAGUUUUAUGGUUGCAGACAAAAUUAAAUCCGGUCCCGUUGUCGACAUCCUUGGCGACGAGAUGACUCGCAUCAUCUGGGAUGAAAUCAAGAACAAACUCAUUCUGCCUUUCCUCGACAUCGAACUGCAUACAUACGAUCUGGGCAUCGAAAACCGCGACAAGACUGAGGAUAAAGUAACUGUCGAUUGUGCUGAGGCAAUCAAAAAAUACAAUGUUGGUAUUAAAUGUGCAACCAUCACACCCGAUGAGGCACGAGUCAAGGAAUUCAACCUGAAGAAAAUGUGGAAAUCACCGAACGGCACAAUUCGUAACAUCCUAGGAGGUACCGUGUUCCGAGAGGCCAUCAUCUGCAAGAACGUACCCAGGCUGGUAUCUGGCUGGAAGAAACCAAUCAUCAUCGGACGUCAUGCGCACGCCGAUCAGUACAAAGCAACGGACUUUGUUGUUCCAGGAGCCGGAACCUUGCUGAUGACAUUCAAACCAAAAGACGGAGGUGAACCAAUCCAGCAUGUUGUCACCGAAUAUGAAGGAGCUGGCGUUGCUUUGGGCAUGUACAACACAGAUGCUUCCAUCAUUGACUUCGCUCAUUCCUCACUCAAAUACGCGCUGGAACGCAAACUACCACUCUAUCUAAGCACAAAGAACACCAUCUUGAAGAAGUACGAUGGCCGCUUCAAGGACAUCUUCCAAGAAAUCUACGAAAAAGAAUACAAGGCAAAAUACGAAGCAGCAGGUAUCUGGUACGAACAUCGCCUCAUCGACGACAUGGUCGCCCAAGCCAUGAAAUCCGAAGGAGGUUUCGUCUGGGCCUGCAAGAACUACGAUGGCGACGUCCAGUCUGACUCCGUCGCUCAAGGCUAUGGAUCCCUCGGCUUGAUGACUUCCGUCCUCAUUUGCCCAGACGGAAAAACUGUUGAAGCAGAAGCUGCCCACGGUACAGUCACUCGCCACUAUCGUUUCUGGCAACAAGGCAAGGAGACCUCAACCAAUCCAAUCGCUUCAAUCUUCGCAUGGACUCAGGGUCUCUUGCAUCGUGCCAAGCUCGAUAACAACAAGGACUUGAAGAAUUUCGCCGAAACUUUGGAGAAAGUAUGCAUAGACACAAUUGAAAGUGGCUUCAUGACAAAGGAUUUGGCUAUUUGCAUAAAGGGCAUGGCAAAUGUACAACGUAGCGAUUAUUUGGAAACAAUCGAAUUUUUGAAUAAACUUGCUGAUAAUCUGAAGAAGGCCCUGGCAUGACUAGAUUCGGCAGAACAGCGAUCUCAGCUGUAAGGGAAAAAGGUGUUGCGGGAAAUGGCGACUUUCGAUCAAAAGACAUGGGAAAGUGUUUGUAAAAUGGUGAAUGUUUAAUUGUAUUCUGCCUUAUGUGCUGAUUGUAUUCUUUUUUAUGGAAAAACGAAUAAAUCUUUGAUAGUUCA